AAUUUUGACAGCCGCUUCCGUGAUCUACAAGUAAUUGAACUCUUCAUUUAAAAUAUAAAUAAUCCAGAUCGAAAUCCACUAACAGUAUUAUCAUUUUUCUCAAAUCUAUCAACAGUAAAUUAACAGAAUAAAUUUGUAACUGUUCCAUACCAUCGAUAUUAAUUACUACAUUAUUUUUUUUGUUGUCAAUCUGUUGAAAUAAUUUUGUAUUUUUAUAUAUGAUAGUAGAGAGUUAGUUUCUAGAUAUUCAUUGGCUUUAUAGCAAAUAACUUAAAUAAACAAAGAUCGAUCCAUCUAUUUAACUAAAAGUACAUAUUAUCAAAUAAUUUCUUUAACAUUAAACCGAUAAAAUUAAGGGAAAAACUUCCUUGUUAAUUGCAGCGUGACGUUAUCCAAUUCGCUGAUCAACAAAAAUUAAAAAAAACAUCUGUUAACGUGAUACUUUUAUUGUUAAAGUAUCUAUUUUCACAAUUUCUCCAACAGAUAGAUCCACUUUCUUUUUUGUUACUGUGAAUUUCCGUUCCCUUUUUAAUUGUGUAUCUGAUAAUUACUUCGUUUGUCUAUGAUUAAAAGGAUUCCGGCGUUCCAUUAUUUGAGUUAAAAACCGCAUAUUACGUUUAAUUUUUUAGAUAAAAAACUAUUUUUUACGUUAUCUUAACUAACUUAAUUUAAGAUAGGUAUUUAAGAAGUAGUAGUAGUUAUGUUUUGAAUAUUUCAAUAAUUUAUCCCGAUUUCAACAAUUAUAACCUAACUUAAGAAUAAAAUUAUACACGCAGAAAAAUUUCUGAUUAGAACGUGUGAAAAUAUUUUGUUUUUUAUUAUUAUUGAUUAUUUUCAUUAUGCUUCACCACUGCUCGACAUAGUACACAGCUUGUUUGAAUAAAUUUAGAAGUCGCUGUCGUAUGUAGACUGUGGCGAUUCUAUAGAUCAAAGUUUUUACGUAACAACCUUCAGUUGACUAUUAAUAGUUGUUUUACAAAACAAAAUGGCUUCCGCUGUAACAAGAGUGAUUCAUAAAUGCGAAGAGGCUACUAAUAAUCAAAAUUUAGAUUUAUCUGAUUGUCAGUUAAUGCAAGUACCAGAUGCAGUUUACCAUUUAAUGAGGCAUACUGAGUUGAAAUCCUGUGAUCUCAGCGAUAAUGUUAUCACUAAAAUACCACCCAAAUUUGCAACAAAGUUCAAUCUUAUCACAGAUCUUAAUUUGUCGCACAAUCAAGUUUCAAAAUUACCUGAUGAAUGCGUCGGGUUAGGAGAAUUGGAGAGAAUAGACAUUUCUUAUAAUACUUUUAUAGAACUGCCCAGUUGUAUCUUUAAAAUACCAAAGUUAAGGCACAUUAAUGCUAGUAAUAAUAGUAUAGUUGAUUUGGACGUAGAUUGUUUGAAAGAAGCUCCUUCAUUAGAAUCAAUAGAUCUCACAAACAACCCAUUGGCGCCUAGAAUAUACGAUCAAUUGUCAAGAGUAUCCCAUUUACAAAUUGUGUUAUCCCCACGCGAAAAAGAGGAUUGGGAGGAUCUCACUAUUUAAUUUUUCAAUAUCUUGUGAUUUGGUGCUAUAGACUGAAAAGUCCAAAAGAAAAACAAUAAGUUUGGUUAAUGCUUGGCGUAGGGUCGUUUAUUAAUAAAAAGAAA